AUGCUCAAACGUAUAGAAAGGACAGGAACCCUCAGUCCGGAUCCUGGUAAUUCGGUCGUCUCAUCGACUCAGCUUCGACGCUGCUCACUGGCUUCGAUUCAGCUGCUACUCAACACUGCUUCGACACAGUCUCGGCAGCGUGAUGACUCACUGGCUGCGACUGUGUCGUCGAGGAAUAUACGUGUCGUACAGGAUCGUUAG